CCAAGAUUCAACCUGUGUUUGGAAUCUCUAACAAACCAACAAUUGCACAACGCAACAUUCAGCGUAUUUGUCAGACCAAGGCAGCCGCCAACUAUGCUGCCCAAUAUCAGCAGUUCUGCUGAUAUUGAUGUACUUUUUGGCCAUUUGGCGCAAUGGGGCUCUGCAUUGUUACAAUAGAGCUUCUUGGCCAAAAAGAGAAGGAUGAGAAGCAGGAGAUUGCUCAGAAAGCCAACAAGAAGCAAGCACAGGCUGAAGCUAGAGAGGUCAAGGAGAAGGAAGCUCAGGAGAAGUGUGAAAGGCAGGCUCAGGAGAAGGUAGAGAGAGCUGAGAGGAGGGCUGAAGAAGCGGCUGAAAAACAGGCUUGUCAAGAAGCUUGUGUGGCAGCUUGCAACUCUAAAAAAGCUCCACAAUUGGCCUGAAGCAGUAAUAAGAGAGCUUCACAAGCUCAGAAGCCUGCUCCAAAGCGUGUGAGGUGGGCGGUAGA